GCGGUUGGGGGCCCGCCCCGCCUGCCCCCCUCCGUUUAUGCAGAUGAGGCACCACGUGGGGCCUCGGCCCAGGCCGGUCUGCCGCCGCUGAUUGGUCGGCGCCGCCGCGGCGCCGCCCGCGAUUGGCCGGACGGCGGGGCCGUCGAUCGGGGAAGGGCGGGGCCAGCGGUUGCGAUGGGAGCAGCCAUGGCGGCGGCCGCCCGAGUCGGGCCGUGAGGUCGGGCGCCCGGGGCGGCGGCGGCGGCGGCGGACGGGACGGAGGCGAUGGCGGAGGAGGAGCGCGGCGAGGAGGAGGAGGAGGAGGGGGUGAAGGAAGAGGGGGCGCGGGCGCGUUCGACCGCAGCCCGGAACCUGGCCUUCCUCAAGGCCCGCUCCAUGGACGUCACCUUCGAGGUGGGUGACGACUACCAGGUGCUAGAGACCAUCGGCACCGGGGCCUACGGCGUGGUCACCUCGGCUCGGCACCGCCGCACAGGUCAGCUGGUGGCCAUCAAGAAGAUCCCCAACGCCUUCGACGUGGUGACCAACGCCAAGCGCACCCUGCGGGAGCUGCAGAUCCUCAAGCACUUCAAGCAUGACAACAUCAUCGCCAUCAAGGACAUCCUGCAGCCCCCGGGCUCCUACGCAGACUUCCGAUCCGUCUACGUGGUGCUGGACCUGAUGGAGAGCGACCUGCAUCAGAUCAUCCACUCCCCUCAGCCGCUGAGCCUGGAGCACGCCCGCUACUUCCUAUACCAGCUGCUGCGGGGCCUCAAGUACGUGCACUCAGCGCGGGUCGUCCACCGCGACCUCAAGCCCAGCAACCUGCUGGUCAACGAGAACUGCGAGCUGAAGAUCGGCGACUUUGGCAUGGCCCGGGGGCUCCGUGCCCCGGCCGAGGGUCCCGAACCUUUCCUCACCGAGUACGUGGCCACCCGCUGGUACCGGGCCCCCGAGCUGAUGCUCUCCCUUCCAGGCUACGGCUGUGCCAUCGAUCUCUGGUCCGCCGGCUGCAUCCUGGCCGAGAUGCUGGGCCGCCGACAGCUCUUCCCCGGGAAGAACUACCUCCACCAGCUGCAGCUGAUGCUGGCGGUGCUGGGAACCCCUCCUGAGGGUCUGGUGGCCUCCAUCGGCGCCGAGAGGGUGCGGGCCUACCUGAGGGGUCUUCCUGCCCGUCAGCCGGUGGCCCUCUCCUCCCUGUACCCGGGCGCUGAGCCCCAAGCCCUGGACCUGUUGGGUCAGCUGCUGAGACUGGACCCCCGGGAGCGCCCCAGUGCCGCCCGGGCGCUCCGUCACCCCUUCCUGGCCCAGUACCACGAUCCUCAGGAUGAGCCCGAGUGCUCCCCGCCCUUCCAGUUCUCCGAGACCACCUCCUCCUGCUCCCAGGGCAGGCCCAGCCGCGAGGAGCUGAAGGAAGCCAUCGCCAGGGAGAUCGCCGACUUCCACCGCAGGAGGAAAGGGGUGAGGCUGAGGCCGGCCGAGGAGACCCCCUCCAUCCGAACCCCCUCCCGGGACGUGGAGAUGACGGGCCCGGCCCUCCUCCCGGGGACCGGCUCGCCGGCGAGGAGCGAGGAGGAGGAGGGUGGGGAGGAGGAGGACGAGGAAGGUGGGAUCAAGCCGCUGGGCUCCCCCCCACCCCCCCGGCAGGACGGAGGCAGGAAGGAGGCGGGCAGCGGGAUCUCGGCCGACACCAAGGCGGCCCUGAAGGCGGCCCUCCUCAAGUCAGCGCAGAGGCAGAGGAACAGAGCGGAGGCGUCGAGCUGUGCCCCGGAGCCGGCCGAGCCGCGCCGGCCGAUCACGGCCCAGGAGCGGCAGCGGGAGCGAGAGGAGAAACGCCGCCGGAGGCACGAGCGGGCCAAAGAGCGGGAACGCCGGCAGCGAGAGCAGGAACGCCGGGAGCUGAAGGAGGGCGACGUGCUGGGCGGCGUGGUGCUCAGCCAGGGCGACAAGAGCCUGCUGCAACGCUGGAUGCGAAUGACGGCGGGCCCGGGGGUCCGGGCGGCCGGGGGUCCCGAGGGAGGGGCGGGGUCGGGCCGGGGGUCCGGGGCUCCUGACGGAGGGGGAGCCGCCCUCAACGGGGGUCCGGGAGCCCUGGGACCCCUCCCUACUGUCCCGGGACCCCCGCAAACCGCCCCAGUACCCCCGCAAACCGCCCCGGGACUGGGACCCCUUCCCACCGCUCCGAGACCCCCCCAAAAUGCCCCGGCACCUCCACAAACCACCCCAGGUCUGGGACCCCCGCAAACCGCCCCGGGACUGGGACCUCCCCAAAUCGCCCCGGGACUGGGACCCCCACAAACGGCCCCGGGACAGGGACCCCUCACCACUGUCCCAGGACUGGGACCCCCCUCAGGACUGGGACCUGGUCCGAGACCCCCCACUGCCCCGGGACAGGGACCCCCGCCCAACACCACCCCCGGACAGGGACCCCCGCCGGUUCCCGAUCCUGUCCCCCGACCGCCCCUGGGUCUCCCUCCCUACACGGCUCUGGGGUCCCGGGUGGGUUUCGGACCUGGGACAGGUUACGCGCCCCCGGGCGGGCUGCCCUGUUUCCCCGGCGACCCAUUCCAGCCUGGGACGACCCCGGGAACCCACCCUUCCGAGGGUCAUCCUGGGACGGGGCACCCGUUCGGGAUUGGGGUGGCGCACCCCUGGGUGGGGGCAGGGGAAGGUCACCUCUACCGGCCGGAGGACUGGGGCCCCUGUGAGCCGUCCCGGGACAGGGAGCUGGGGGUCCCGGGGGACACCAACGCACCUCUGCCCAACCUGGCCCCCGGCAAUGAGGGGGCGGCCAACGAGCAGGAGGACGUCAGCAUGGUGACCCAACAGUUGUCCAAGUCCCAGGUGAAGGAUCUGCUCCCGCCCGUGUUCUCGGUCACACCCAAGGGCAGUGGGGCCGGAUACGGAGUCGGCUUCGACCUGGAGGAGUUCCUCAAUCAGUCCUUCGACAUGGUGGGCGACCCCCAGGAAAAUCAGGCAGACUCUGCUCCGCUCUCCGCCUCCCUCCUGGCCGACUGGUUGGAGGUGCACCGCAUGCACCCCGCCGACAUGGAGUCUCUUCAACAGGAGCUGCAGCUGGGCUCCCCCAUGAUCCUCUCCGACCUGCCUGACCUCUAGCCCCACGGUGGGGGAAAGGGCGCGACCCAGC